AUGGAGAGUACCACCCCGACCCUAGGCAAGGGCUCUCGCUGCUUUGCGAUCAUCUUCGUCCUUGGUACCUCUCCUUUAGAUCGUCCAAUUUACUCCGUCUUCUCUAACCAAAUUUUAGGAGCCCCUGGCGCUGGAAAAGGGACACUGUGUGCGCAUCUCGCACAGAUACAUAACCUUACACACUACUCUGUUGGCGAUAACCUACGUAGUUGGAUGCACAAAAAUCGCGGCACAUCGCUCGCGGCCCAAAUCCAAGACAAACUCGAUAAUCAGGGGUUUCUUAGCUCUGAAGACUUGAAUCCGUUUCUUUGUCAGGCGAUUAUGGAAGCUAUCUACCAAGAUGAACCAAAACCCAAAGGCAUUCUAGUUGAUGGAUUUCCUCGAUGCUUAGAGCAACUGGAAUCCUUCAGCGUAUGGCCGUUUGAAGACAAACUACCACUUUGUCCAAUCAGUGAUAGUGAGGUGAGACCAAAUGCAAAACCGGACAUUGUGCUAUCACUCGAAGUCACCAAGCAAAAUGCGCGGGCAAGAUAUAUCUCCCGAGCACGAGAUAGCAAUGACAGCAAGGAGAAGUUUGAAAGACGUUUCGUAGAAUACGAGGCGGAGACUAUAGCAGUCAAAGAUGUGUAUCAUCAGCGUGGCAUUUUAAUAAAUGUUGAUACGAAUGGAUCGAAAGAGGAGAACAUUGAUAAGUUGACGAGGAAGCUUGAUAAAAGUGGACUGUGGCAGAAAGUUAUCGUAGAAGGAAGCACAGGAGUGCAUAUUCUUACAAAGGCAUGA